AUGACUUGUUACGCCAUCCUUCACCGCAGCUCAACCAUAAACGAGAAGACUAAAGAGAAGGUGGCCAUUAAGAAGCUCCACAGGCCCUUCCAGUCGGAGAUCUUUGCUAAGAGGGCCUACCGAGAGCUCCGACUGCUCAAACACAUGAAGCAUGAAAAUGUGAUCGGACUCGUCGAUGUGUUUACGCCUGCCUCCAGCCUGGAUGACUUCCAGGACUUCUACCUGGUGAUGCCUUACAUGUUUACAGACCUGUCCAAGGUGCGGGGUCAUCUCUCAGAAGACAAAGUCCAGUUUCUCGUCUACCAGAUGCUCUGCGGACUCAGGUAUAUUCACAAGGCUGGAAUCAUUCACAGGUCCUUGCUUGCACCAAAAAAAACAUCCCAGACCACCAUCUUGAGGCCAUUCCAAGCUUCUAGUCUCUGCUCUCAGGAGCAAAGAGGAAACCAUCCUUCCCAGAAGUCUGUUUCUUUGCUGCUGACGCAGAUCCUGGACUUCGGGCUGGCUCGCAGUACCGACGCUGAGAUGACAGGCUACGUGGUGACCCGUUGGUACCGGGCGCCUGAGGUCAUUCUGAACUGGAUGCACUACACCCAGACUGUGGACAUCUGGUCUGUGGGAUGCAUCAUGGCGGAAAUGAUCAACGGAAAAACCCUCUUCAAAGGAAAAGACUAUAUGGAUCAGCUGACUCAGAUCAUGAAGGUGACCGGAGUUCCUGGACCAGAGUUCAUACAGAAGCUGGACACUCCAGAGGCCAAAAAUUACAUGAAAGCCCUCCCUCAUUAUCCCAGAAAAGACUUCUCAGCGUUGUUUCCGAGAGCGACGGUACAGGGUGAGUCCAACCACAUCCAUUUACGUAGACGUCCACAAAUGUGUUGUUUUGAACUUUUUGUCACAGUUUGGCCACAUUCAGGUCUUUCACAGCUGACUGGGCUCCGGAUUUGUUGUCUAUUUCAUUUGGAAGUACAAUCAAACACCGCUCCCCUCUCGUGCCCAGGGCUAUGCUUCAGAGAGGUGAAGAGCUUCGUGCCGUUCCCACGACGGGACUCCAAGAGGAAAAACACCCUGACCAUGUCUCCAUGAGCUGACGGAUGUCCUGCAACUACUGACGCCCCAACCGACCCCACAUAUAGCCGACGGUGCCCUUGUAUAUUCCAGCCCUGGACUCACUCUUUUUCUUUUACUAUGGAAAAUGUUUCGAUUUUGAAUCAGUGUUCAGAAGAGUGAUUAUUUUAAAACUAGCCCUUCAUUUUUUUUUAGUAAUGUGAAAGCGUUUCCUAAAUGUCGAUGACUCUUUGUGUUACACGUCCCCCUACCAGUGAACUGUGUUGCAAGUUAAUUGUGACUAAAUGCUGUAGGGCUGCCUCUAAGAUUUACUGUAAUAUUGUUUUCCAAAUAAACAAUAAGACAAAAA